UGUCACUAGUCAUUACACAGAAAAGCAAUGGAGGAGUCAAACAAGAACAAGAAGAAGAACAACAAAAGGGGUCAUGGGUCUGGCUCCAGGCUGCUUCGGAUGAAGGUAAGGAAGCUCCAAAUACUGAUACCAGGUGGGAGAAGAUGCAACCAUCCGGAUCUGCUUUUAUCAAAAACCGUCGACUAUAUUGUCCAUUUGAAGUUGAAGAUUAGGUUCUUUAAAGCACUCUCAGAUAUGUACUCUCUUUGAAGAUACUACCACUCUUCUCCUUCUUCCUCCUCUCCUCAUUGUCAUUUAAGCUAUGGUGUGUAAGUUUGUUUUCCGUGUAUGGAUUAUGAUUUGUUGUUUGCUUAAUGUUGUAUUUUCCCUUAUAUGUAUUGGUUGACUAUUUUUAUAUAUGUUUAUCCGAAAAUUUGUAAGAAAAUUCACUAGUUUGAUAAUUCUACAAUAUGUAUUGUGAACUUCUUGGUUUUAUCCAUUACAAGGCCUUCCUAUAAUAAUGGUUAAUAUUUGAUGUUAUAAAGUACAUUCAUAUUAUCUACAUUUACACACAUUAAGUUUAUGAUACU